GCGCGACCAGCUGCUGAAGGAGAAGGAGGAGGAGCGGCUGAUCGCCAACAUGCGGAGCAGCGCCACGCUCGCCAGCAUAACCGGCCUCGUCGACGACGAUCACUGGACGAAGCACCUAGCGUUCAAGAUUGUCACCUCGCGCUUGUUCGACUUCGUGAUGGGGGCCAUCAUACUCUUGAAUGCUGUAACGAUUGGGGCCGAGGCCUCUAUCACUGUGCGAGGUGGCAGUAUUCCGAUGGGCUUGCAAGUUUGCGAGUACGUGUUGAUGCUCGUGUACGUUCUGGAGCUCCUCGCGCGCUUCUACGCGAUGGGCACCGUGCGGGCGUUGAAGAGCAACUGGGUCAGGUUCGACACCGUCCUGGUGGUCUUAGGCUUUUUGAACUUGGUGUUGGCCAUGUCGCAGAUCAGCUCAAAGGUAGUGGCAUCGCUGAUGGGCAACGUCAACAUACUCAAGAUGUUGCGCCUUGCCCGCCUGGCCAGAACCGUGCGAGUGGUCGUGCAGUUCCGCACGCUGUGGCUCCUGGUCCAGGGACUCAUGUACUCCGUGCUGCCAAUGUGUUGGACGUGCAUCAUCAUGUUCUGCGUCGUCUACAUAUUCGCCGUAGCGGGCAUGGAGCUGAUAGUCGACGCCAGCGACGACCCGGGCUAUCUGGCGCAGGCGGUGCACUUUGACACCAUCGAGAGCUCCAUGCUCGGACGCUGGUGCAGUUCAUCACGCUCGACAGCAUGGCGGCCAUCUACAGGCCAUUGA